UUUGGAAAGGGGGAGGUAGGGUUUUCUUUUAGGGGGUGAUAAAAAUAUUGUGAAUUCAGGUUGUGGUGAUUGUACAACUCUGAAUAUACUAAAGUCAUUGAAUUGUACACCUUAAAUGGGUACAUUUUGUGAUAUGUGAAUUAUUUCUCAGUAAAGAUAUUUUCAAAAAGGAAAAGCAUGAGCAAGAGGAAAGUUCCUCUUGAAUAACACAUCUCUGAAACUUUUUUUUUUGUCUUCUUUCUCCUCUGACAAUACCCUUUUACAGUAGUAGGAGAAAAUAGUGAAUAAGACAAGAGAUAGAGCCGUACAGUCUCUUCUCAUUUAGCUUUAAACUACUGAUAAGCAUUUAUAGCAAACAUAUAUAUAAUGCCAUGUGCUGUUACAAGUGCUUUGUAUUUAACACAGAUACCUCACAAUACCUCUGUGAAGUAUCUUCCUUUUACAGAUAGGGAAACUGUGGCACAGCAUGGUUAAGUAACUUGCCCAAGGUCACAUAGAUAAUAUGUGGUAAAAUGAGAUUUUGAAACAGGCUGUUUGGCUCCAGAGUCCUUAUUCUUAAGUAUAGUGUUAUACUACCGCUCAUAAGCAUUCCUUCCUAGGUAUAACCCAUACUUUCCAAUCUAUCUAUAGGGAAAUCCUCCUUAGAUAUGUUUUAGUAGCUGGUUACUGUAAAUAUACUGCUUCCAGUCUGGAGAAAAACAGAUUGGAUCCUAACUGAUAGACCAGCGCAGCCCACUUCCUGGUGAUGUAGAUUCCAGGACCCAGGAAUGGCCUCAAAUACAAUCCCUCAAAAACUUAGUAGCUUCUAGUCUCUUUGCUUCCGGUAGAAAAUGUUGUUAGCCCAAAUAAAUCGAGAUUCUCAGGGAAUGACAGAGUUUCCUGGAGGAGGAAUGGAGGCUCAGCAUGUUACCUUGUGCCUGACAGAGGCAGUAACUGUGGCAGAUGGUGACAAUUUAGAAAAUAUGGAAGGUGUAAGCCUGCAAGCAGUAACACUUGCAGAUGGUUCUACUGCUUAUAUACAACACAAUUCUAAAGAUGGAAAACUCAUAGAUGGUCAGGUCAUUCAGUUGGAGGAUGGUUCUGCUGCCUAUGUUCAACAUGUACCCAUACCUAAGAGUACAGGGGACAGUUUGCGUUUAGAGGAUGGGCAAGCAGUGCAGUUAGAAGAUGGAACUACAGCAUUUAUUCACCAUACCUCCAAAGAUAGUUAUGACCAGAGUGCAUUACAGGCAGUUCAGCUGGAAGACGGCACCACAGCUUACAUCCACCAUGCAGUGCAAGUCCCACAGUCUGACACCAUCUUGGCAAUUCAGGCUGAUGGGACAGUGGCAGGUCUACACACUGGGGAUGCCACGAUCGAUCCUGACACCAUCAGUGCUUUGGAACAGUAUGCAGCAAAGGUGUCCAUUGAUGGAAGUGAAAGCGUAACAGGUUCAGGAAUGAUUGGAGAAAAUGAGCAAGAGAAAAAAAUGCAGAUUGUCUUACAAGGACAUGCAACAAGAGUAACUGCUAAGUCUCAACAGAGCGGAGAGAAGGCCUUUCGAUGUGGCUAUGACGGGUGUGGAAAAUUAUAUACAACAGCUCAUCAUCUUAAGGUGCAUGAGCGAUCACACACAGGAGACCGGCCUUAUCAGUGUGAGCAUGCAGGCUGUGGGAAAGCAUUUGCAACAGGUUAUGGAUUAAAAAGUCAUGUCAGAACUCAUACAGGAGAAAAGCCAUAUCGGUGUUCAGAAGAUAAUUGUACUAAAUCUUUCAAAACUUCAGGAGAUCUACAAAAACAUAUCAGAACUCAUACAGGAGAAAGGCCCUUUAAAUGUCACUUUGAAGGCUGUGGUCGGUCUUUCACAACAUCGAAUAUCAGAAAAGUGCAUAUUAGGACACACACAGGAGAAAGACCUUAUUACUGCACAGAACCAGGAUGUGGGAGGGCAUUUGCCAGUGCAACCAAUUAUAAAAACCAUGUGAGGAUACACACAGGGGAAAAGCCAUAUGUUUGUACAGUCCCUGGGUGUGACAAAAGGUUCACAGAAUAUUCCAGUUUGUACAAACAUCAUGUUGUUCACACUCACUCCAAACCGUACAACUGUAACCACUGUGGGAAGACAUACAAGCAGAUCUCCACGCUGGCCAUGCACAAACGGACAGCUCACAAUGACACUGAGCCCAUCGAGGAGGAGCAGGAAGCCUUCUUUGAGCCUCCCCCAGGUCAAAGUGAAGAUGUUCUUAAAGGGCCCCAGAUCACGUAUGUUACAGGUGUAGAAGGGGACGAUGUUGUGUCUACACAAGUAGCCACAGUAACCCAGUCUGGGUUGAGUCAACAGGUUACUCUCAUAUCCCAGGACGGGACUCAGCAUGUCAACAUAUCUCAAGCUGACAUGCAGGCCAUUGGCAAUACCAUCACAAUGGUAACACAGGACGGAACGCCCAUCACAGUACCUGCUCAUGAUGCAGUCAUCUCCUCAGCAGGAACACACUCUGUUGCUAUGGUUACCGCCGAGGGUACAGAAGGGCAGCAGGUUGCAAUUGUGGCUCAGGACUUGGCAGCAUUCCAUACUGCAUCAUCAGAAAUGGGGCACCAACAGCAUAGCCAUCACUUAGUAACCACAGAAACCAGACCUUUGACCUUAGUGGCAACAUCCAACGGCACCCAGAUUGCAGUUCAGCUUGGAGAACAGCCAUCUCUGGAAGAAGCCAUCAGAAUAGCAUCCAGGAUCCAACAAGGAGAAACGCCAGGGUUGGAUGAUUAAUCCUCAGAACAAUGGAGCAAUAAACCAAGAGGAGCCUUUCAUCUUCAGGCAGCAGAGAUCCAUGAAGCCCGGGCCCAGGAAAAUUAGAAAUUUUCCAUUCCUGAAACACUGUACACAUUUUUAUGCAAGAGUGGAGAACAUUUUAUUCUUGACACUUUUGUGUAUAUAACCCUUGGAAUAGAUUUCCCAAACUGAUUCAUUGUGUACAAGGAAGUAUGAAAUUAGGGCAAUACAGUAAAUUUUUAUGUUACUCUUUUAUCAGAUUGCAAAAUCCUAGAGUCUACAUGCAAGACCAGUGAAGUCUUAUGGAGUCUUAUGAUAGAUUUUUAACUUACUGUGAAAAAUUAAAGGCUGUAUCUAAAAUGUCAAAGGUUCUAUACAUCAAACAAUCAUAAUUCCAAAAGCCAUCAUGGAUAAUAAAGGAUGUAAAGCCUUCACAUAUUUCCCUCAGCUAGUAGAGUGUCUGCAGUUUUUGUUCUACUGUAUACUUGUCCAUUUUUAUUUGUAUCUCACGGUUUGAAGACUAUUCACUAUAGUUUUCCAUCCCUGUUAAAUACCAGCUCUUCAAGCUGAAGUGCUAAUUGUAUUAGCAUUACAUUGGAUUAUGUAUAAAAUUACAAAGUUUGGUUAUUUAAAAUUAAAAAGUUAAAUCCAGUA